AUGAUGUCGUCAGCGUCAGCAGUAUCGCCAGCAACGGCCGCGCGCUGCCCCUUCACUGGGCGACUAGCGGCCGUGGCAACCAUGGGCGAGUCGCUCUCACGCGAAGAUACCGAAGCGGACCUCCCGGUACCCAUCCCGGGUCCCCACCCGUGGGACAUAGUGGGCAACGUGCGUGAUCUGAGCGCGAUCGCGCUGCGCGGGAUCGAGGAGGCGACGCUGCUGUACGGGCGCAAGUACGGCCCGAUCUGUAGGUUCGCCAACGGCGUGAGCGCGUGGACUUUCGUAAACGACGCGGAGAUCAUCGCGCACAUCUGCAGCUCCAACUCCAAAAACUACUCGCGCAGAUUCCUGCCCGACUCUCCUUUCCACCGGCUUUUCCCAACUGCCUUUCCCCACCAGGCGGUAUACGAGUACGUGACGCAUGGCAAGGGCAUUCUGGGGUCGCAAGGGGAGUACAACCGCGCGCACCGCCGCAUGUGCCAGCCGCCUUUCAUGCGCCCCAACCUGCUCGACGCCUUUUCCGAUACCAUCCAGUCACAGCUAGACAAGCUCAUCACAAUGUGGCGCCAUCAAGCCACCACAGACGCCGGCUCACCCCUCCCCAAUGUUGUCCUCGACGGGAAUCUAGCGGUCCAGAUCCAACGCUUCACGCUCGACAUCAUCGGAGCCGUCGCUUUUUCCAAAGACUUCGGACAGCUGGACCGCAUCCGAGCCGACCCUGCAGGCUCGGCGACCCAGGCGGACGCCGGAGCUGACGAGCUGCUAGGGGCGGUGAACGAGUCGCAGCAGUUGAUGGCAAACGUGUUCAUCACGCCACUGCCGGUGCUGCAGCUGCUGCGGAGGUUCGGGGAACCAGGGAUGCUGCGGUUGGAUGCGGCGAUGAAGGCCAUGGAGAGGGUUAUGAUGGGUGUAAUCGAGGAGCGGAGAGAGAAAUGGCGCGCAACGGGGGACGCUGGAGAUGAUCUGCUGGGAGUGCUGCUAGGCGCCACGGUACGGCCGUUGGGAAUGGGGAGCGGCGAGGGAGCUGGCGCGCAAGGGGGGGAACGCUGGUUAG